AUGUCAGACCAGAACCAGGAAGCGCGAAAUCUGUUACCUUGUCCGUGCUGCAACCAGCUAGUAGAAGAGAGACUUGUCAAUGCCCAUCUCGAUACAUGCGUGGUCGUCGAGGAGAAGCAAGAGCGACCGAAGAAGAUCAAGCUCGUCUUCAAGCCAGCCUCCAGUGCGCCUUCCCCGAAGAAAUCUCUCCGUUUGCUAGCGAAAAAAUUCGCCCAAGCCACAAAGGCCAUUUGUGACUGUAACGAAUAUCUUUUGAAAUUCCAGAAGGAAAGCGAACACAACCCAGCCGUCCUCGACGAUGAAAAGCUUAUAGCGACUCAAGCUAUACUCGCUGAGGCUGAGAUACAUCGUGAAGAAUUGUUGAGACAGGCGACUGGCUUGAGUCAGCAAGAAAAGAUUGAAUUCACUAAGAUCGCGCAGCAAGAAAUGCUCAAACUCAAAAAGCAAACAUGGGACGAUGAGUCAGCAGCGGAAGAAUCGGAAUGUGAAGAGUCAAAAUCACCCGCACAGCCUCUCCAAGUCCCAGCAUGGCUGUCCAGCAGCACGUCAGGAGUUGAGGCACGAACCUUCCAGAAUGGAUACAUGGACAGGCAUGUCUUAGCCGGAAGAUAUGGUCGUAAGAUGCAGAGUCUCGCAGACCAAGCACUCAGGCCAGAUCUUCGCAUCUAUCGGGGAGACGACGGAAAAGCUGAGCUAGCCAAAGUAAGGGCGGCUUAUACGCAAGCGAUGACAUUGGUUGCAGAUCAGGAGGAUUUGGCAAAAAACGAAGAGUUGAUGGCUGCUGAAGCCGCCACUUCCACAAGGUCAAGACGGAAGGACGAAGUUGACAGGAAUUGGAGAGAAGAAUUUCCAGGAUGGUAUGCUGAGGAGUAG